CUUACCCUGAGUGUCGUGGACCAGUCGCCGGUCAGGGCCGGCGGGACCGCCGGAGACGCCCUGCGAGAGACAAUUGCCCUGGCGGUAGCGGUGGAGAAACUUGGCUACUACCGCUACUGGCUCGCCGAGCACCACAAUAUUCGCAACUUUGCCGGCACCAGCCCCGAGGUUCUGGUGGGCCAGGUGGCCGCCCACACCAAUACGAUCCGGGUCGGCAGCGGUGGGGUCAUGCUAUCGCACUACAGUGCUCUGAAAGUGGCGGAAAACUUCCGGAUGCUGGACUCCCUUUAUCCGGGCCGAAUCGACCUGGGUGUUGGGCGCGCCCCGGGCAGCGACCAACUGACGUCCGCCGCCUUGUCCUACCCCGGCAACCCCAAGGACAUACAGCACUACCCCAGGCAGGUGGUAGAUGUGGUUGGCUACUUGCAUGGCGGGCUUGAGCCGGAACACCCCUUUGCCCAGGUCCAGGCCGGGCCGGACAGUCCCCAGACGGCUCCCGACGUAUGGUUAUUGGGCUCCCGCUACGAGAGCGCCUACAUGGCUGCCCGGCUGGGCCUGCCCUUUGCCUAUGCCCACUUCUUUGGCCUGGGCGUAGAUGAAGGGCCGUCCAUAGUCGAAGGCUACCGCAAGCAAUUCGAGCCUUCCCGGUUCCUCGAAGAACCCAAGGUUAAUAUUGGGGUGCAGGUGCUGUGUGCGGAAACCGAGGAAGCGGCCUUGAGGAUCGCCGCUGGUCGUAACCUGGGACGGCUGUACUCAGUGACCAACCGGGCCAAGGGAAUACCCUCGAUAGAUGAGGCGCUGAAUUACCAGUACCAGAUGAACGAACUGGCCUUCAUCCGGCAAUACAGCCAGGUCUGCGCCGACGGUAACCCGGAACAAGUGAAGGAGAAGCUGGAGCGGAUUGGGGAGAUUUAUGAAACUGAUGACCUGAGUGUUGUCACCAUCUGCCACGACUUCGCGGACAGGGUACGUUCCUACGAGUUGGUAGCUGAGGUUUGUGGCCUGGAACGAUUGGAGAAGUGA